AGGAAGAGCAAGCCCAGCUGAGCUCAGAGGAGCCAAGUGCUGAGCCCCCAGGGGCCGAGACCCAAGUCGCUGAGGCCCAGGAGCCCCGGGAGGGGCCUCAGGACGAUGCAGAGGAUGUGAGUGAAGAGGCCCCACUGAGGGACCGCUCCCACAUCGAGACCACGCUGAUGCUGAACGAGGACAAGCCCUCGGACGACUACUCUGCUGUGCUGCAACGUCUUCGGAAGAUCUACCACUCGUCCAUCAAGCCCCUGGAGCAGUCGUACAAGUACAAUGAGCUCCGGCAGCAUGAGAUCACAGAUGGGGAAAUUACUUCUAAGCCAAUGGUGCUGUUCCUGGGGCCAUGGAGUGUCGGCAAGUCCACGAUGAUAAACUACCUCCUUGGGCUGGAGAACACGCGCUACCAGUUGUACACAGGUGCUGAGCCCACCACGUCCGAGUUCACGGUUCUCAUGCACGGGCCCAAACUGAAGACCAUCGAGGGCAUCGUGAUGGCCGCAGACAGCGCCCGCUCCUUCUCCCCCCUUGAGAAGUUUGGCCAGAAUUUCCUGGAGAAGCUCAUUGGCAUCGAGGUUCCCCACAAGCUUCUGGAGCGGGUGACUUUUGUGGACACCCCGGGAAUCAUUGAGAACCGCAAACAACAGGAAAGAGGCUACCCCUUCAAUGACGUAUGCCAGUGGUUCAUUGACAGAGCCGACCUCAUCUUUGUCGUCUUUGACCCCACCAAGCUGGAUGUGGGGCUUGAGCUGGAGACGCUCUUCCGCCAGCUGAAGGGCCGCGAGUCCCAGAUCCGGAUCAUCCUGAACAAGGCCGACAACCUGGCCACACAGAUGCUCAUGCGGGUCUACGGGGCACUCUUCUGGAGCCUGGCGCCGCUCAUCAAUGUCACUGAGCCGCCCCGUGUGUACGUCAGUUCCUUCUGGCCUCAGGACUACCGGGCCGACACCCACCGGGAACUCUUCCUGCAGGAGGAGAUCUCCCUGCUGGAGGACCUGAACCAGGUGAUCGAGAACAGGCUGGAGAACAAGAUCGCCUUCAUCCGCCAGCACGCCAUCCGCGUGCGCAUCCACGCCCUGCUGGUCGACCGCUACCUGCAGACCUACAAGGACAAGAUGACCUUCUUCAGCGACGGGGAGCUGGUCUUUAAGGACAUCGUGGAGGACCCCGACAAGUUCUACAUCUUCAAGACCAUCCUGGCCAAGACCAACGUGAGCAAGUUUGACCUCCCCAACCGUGAGGCCUACAAGGACUUCUUCGGCAUCAACCCCAUCUCCGGCUUCAAGCUCCUGUCGCAGCAGUGCUCCUACAUGGGGGGCUGCUUCCUGGAGAAGAUCGAGCGGGCCAUCACCCAGGAGCUCCCUGGCCUCUUGGGGAGCCUUGGGCUCGGCAAGAACCCUGGGAACCCCAACUGUGACAAGACAGGCUGUACGGAGACACCCAAGAAUCGCUAUAAGAAACACUAGGGCGUGGGGCCGUGUCCGGGCCCUGUGACUGAGGAGCCUAUGCCCUGACUGUCUGGCUCACUGGCCCUUUGGGCCUCACUGGCAAGAAGCCCAGUGGCACCCGGGGAGCAUGGGAGCUGCCGAGACCCGGGGACAGGCGGGCAGGACCCUGGGCAGCCACUCCCACCCUCGGAAAGCAGCUCUAUGCCGAGGCGGCAGAGAGCUGGGGGCUCUGCCUCCCCUGUGCCCCCACCCCUAGCCUCCUGUUCUGCCCUGACCCCUUUGUCCUGGGUUGACUUUCUGCAGGGCGAUUGUGGGGGUCGGGGUCCCCGGGUCCUCUUCCCAUUUCCUCAGGGGCUGGGCGGACGGUCUGGGAUGCCACACUCUGAGAGAGAAUCAUGGGCCCCCAGACGGGAGAAGGGUCUGCCCCAGUCACCCCCACUUCCCUAACGCCGCCUCCCAGCCCUUGACCAGCCCCGAGACCGGGGGUGGGGUGUGUGUGUAUGUGUGUGUGUGUGUGUUCAGAGUACUCAGGUCCUUGACUCCUGGGAAGUAACUUGAGGGAAAGUUCUGGAAGGGCUCUGAGGGGGCGUUGGUUUGCAGUGUGUGUCUUUGUCUGUUGCAUGUCUUGGAAAACUCCGGGGGCGCUGGGUCUGAGGACAGUAGCAGCUCGCUCCUUGGGGACUCUCAGCGUCCCGCUUCAGUGGAGGCUGCCUCCCUCGGGGCGCCCUGACCGUCUCCUCCCUCCUCUGUGCCCCACUGGGCACCCCAGAUUCAGGUGCCCCCAGCCCUGCUGUGGCCCAGGACUGUGAUGUGAACCUCUAGGACCCUGGCCCAGAGAUCCGGGAGAC